AUGGAAUCAUCUUAUAAUAAAUUUCAAAAAUAUAUUACCAAAGAGCAUAUUAAGUGUUAUGAUUAUACUACAUUUAGAAACGCUAGAUUAAUUAGUUUUGGAGAAUUUGAAGAUGUUAAUAGAGUUAUUUUUAAAAGAGAUAAAACUACUGUCGUAUUAAAAUCAUUUAACUCUAAUGGCAAUAAUAACUAUGCAAUUAUUAAAGAAAUUAUUAACGAGAUUAAAUUAUAUCGUAAAGUUGAUAUACACCCUAACAUCAUACGGUUUCAUGGCGUUACUAAAAAAGAAGAUAAUGUAAACACAAAUACUAUACCUUACAUGCUGGUUCUUGAAUAUGCAGACAGUGGGACUUUGGAAUCAUAUUUACGUGAAAAUUUUAAAUAUCUUACUUGGAAUGAUAAGAUUAGGUUCGCACUGCAGACUGCAAGUGCUGUUAGAUAUUUACAUUCUAAAAGAAUAGUGCAUCUUGGUUUGAAUUCAAAUAAUAUACUUAUACAUCAAAAUAAUAUUAAACUUUCAGACAUCGGACUUUCGAAAAGAUUAACUAAAUUAAAAUCAAACUUGAAUCUUCGAGAAAUUCCUUAUAUGGAUCCACAAUAUUUUAUAAAAAAUCAUGAUUUUAAAUUUGAUAAUAACUCUGAUGUGUAUAGUAUUGGUAUUCUUAUGUGGGAGAUAGCUAAUGGUCAUCUCCCUUUUAAAAAUAUUAUUGAUGCUAAUGCAUUAAUACGUAAUAUUGUGAAUGGACUUCAAGAAGAUCCAUAUCAUGAAGCUCCACAUCAAUAUAUUAAAAUUUAUACAGAAUGUUGGCAAGGUGCACCUGAAAAUCGUCCAACUAUUCAAAAUGUUGUUUUAAAUUUAAAAGCAUUAAUAGCAUCUACAAAUAAUCCUACUUUAUUACAAAUUCCGAUUCAACCACAGAAUUAUUCUAUAUCACAAAACUCUACCUCAUUACAUAAUAAUUUCUUAUUGCAAAGUUUUACAUCAUCUCAGAAUCUUAACUUACAAAAUUCUAUUCCACAAUUAAAUUUUCUUAAUGA